ACUGGAAAGUUGAAAGAAAGCAACACGCCAUCUGCACCCGUGUGUGCUCUGGGCUGGAACAGCGAAGUUCUCGGGCAGAGCCUUCCGCCCCUGCGCCGGCGAUGCAGCCGCUCUGAUACCUGCUCAGCUCCACGCGGCAUCUGAAGGUCUGUCCGCAGCCAAACAGUUGCGUCUCCAUCUGGCUGCCAACCCACCCAAGCUUUCUUCUCCUCCACCGCCGCCGCCACCUUCCUCCUCCCCCCUCCUUCCCCUCCUUUCCAUCUUCCCUCUCCACCCCCGCCCCCAAUCUCCUCCUUUUUUUCUCACUAAAAACGGUUGCUGCUGCUGAAGCUGAGCGUCACUCGGGCUCCCACCGCAGACAUGGCGACAUUGACAGUGGUCCAGCCGCUCACUCUGGACAGAGAUGUUGCCAGAGCCAUUGAAUUACUGGAAAAACUACAGGAAUCCGGAGAAGUCCCAGUGCACAAGCUACAAUCCCUUAAGAAAGUGCUUCAGAGUGAGUUCUGUACUGCUAUUCGAGAGGUGUAUCAAUAUAUGCAUGAAACGAUAACUGUUAAUGGCUGUCCCGAAUUCCGUGCCAGGGCCACAGCAAAGGCAACAGUUGCAGCUUUUGCUGCUAGUGAAGGCCACUCCCACCCUCGGGUAGUCGAACUGCCAAAGACUGAUGAAGGCCUUGGUUUUAACGUGAUGGGAGGAAAGGAGCAAAAUUCUCCCAUUUAUAUCUCUCGCAUCAUUCCUGGAGGGGUGGCCGAAAGACACGGAGGCCUCAAAAGAGGAGACCAGCUGCUCUCAGUGAAUGGAGUGAGUGUAGAAGGCGAACACCAUGAGAAAGCUGUGGAACUCCUCAAGGCUGCUAAGGACAGCGUCAAGCUGGUGGUGCGAUACACCCCGAAAGUCCUGGAAGAAAUGGAGGCUCGCUUUGAGAAGCUACGGACAGCCCGGCGUCGGCAGCAGCAGCAACUGCUAAUUCAGCAGCAGCAACAGCAGCAGCAGCAACAAGCGCAGCAAAACCACAUGUCAUAGGUCCUUGAAGUAAAGCUACUUGAUCAAACAUCCUAUAGUCACAAAUUUGAAACCGUGCUUCUGAAUCCCAGCACAUAGUAAAAAGAAAAGACAACACUGAUAAUUAUACCUGUCAAGAAGCUGUGAACGCGUGGUGUGUAAAUUCUUUACCAAGGCAACUCGACACCUUCUUUAUCUGGGCUGAACCCGGGCUGCUCGCUGCUCUUCACACACACAGACCUUCCAUUCACUGCAGUGGGAAUUCUGUGUGCCAGUGGAGAGGUUUUCCAGUCUGCAGACUGAAACAGUGUAAGAAUAAAGUCCAUGACUUUCAGAUUAAUCACCAGGGCCAGGAUUAAGUAAACCUUGGGUCUAUAGCUUUUCCAGAGAUGAACAAAACCCUCAUUAGGCUAUAGUUCAAACUGCAUCAGUUCAAUAUUGUCGCCACUUAAAACCUACACAUUGCUCCUCACCCUGACCUGUUUCACGUCCAUAUUGCUGAGCUGUCAGAAUUAGAAAUUCAGUUAAUUGCAAAGUCAACAUCUUUCGCCCUCUUGAAAACAAGUAAUUAUACUAUAUUUAUACUCUCUUCAGGUUCCUGAAGCAAUUGGCUUUUUGUUUUGUUUCCUUGAAUUUUAUUAUGCAUUAAUAGAGUAGGCCGAUAUAGCUCAACUUUUAGUUUGCUAGAAGCAAGGAUAGAGAAAUCAAGUACUGUAUUUUUUUUAAUUUAAGCAUUGCUUGUGUCUAUUAUUAAUUCUAAAAGAAUAUAAUGUAUAUUUAUUCCACAAAAUAUAUAUUAUGAGAGUGUAUUUGUUACAAACUUAGGUCUUUCCUUACCAAAUAUUAUGAAUCUGGUAGGAGAUCAUUAUUAGCAAAGGACCUGGUUUCAUGAACCUCAUAUGAUAUUUAUAUAUAACCCUGCACUCAAUAUUAUUUUUUAGGUUUUAUAUUUUUGAUUGAUAAGCUCUAGAGAAAUCUACGCUCUUUCUACCUACACUGAUGUGCCGUCAUAGAAGUCUAUUUGAUAUUUUAAAGCUUGCAGCUUUAACAAAAACUAAAUUAUAAUACGUGUGCAUAUAUAUACAAGUAUGUAUGUCAUACAACGUUUACAUAAGUUUCUUCAAAUAUAAAAUGGAUAUUUUUGUCAAUCUAAGAUCCAAAGUAUUAUUCCUUUUAAAAUUAGGCAUAUGUAAGCCAGUGAUAAUAAUAUUGUAAAUGAAAAGACACUGCUGCUUCUAGGGGGUAAAGAUACCGCCUUCAUUCCAUGAUUCAUGUAAGUUAAUAGACAAUGAGAUAAUCAUCUUUCAGAAACUAUAAUUUACUGGGAAAUGAUCUGUUAGAGCCACAUAUACAGAUGAUAACUUUUGACUUAUGGUAAACCUAGGCAUAUAAGUCUGAUUUUACUCUAUGGAAUGAAUAGGAAGCAAUAAUUAUUUGGGUACUUAAAUAUCUUAAGCACACAAGUGUACCUGGAAAAAGAAUAAAUAUCCAGUUGAAGUAUUCUAGAUCAUUAAAACCGAAGCAAGUAUUUGAAUAUUCCCUCUUCUCAAAUGCAGAAAUUGAUCACCGAAGAUAAAAUAGAAUUCACAUUUCAGACAGUCCUCCAAAUUAAAAAUCUAUAAAGCUCAGUUUAGGAACUAUUUUCAUGAAAGUAAACAAAUCAGAAUUACUCUACACAUUUUAGUUUGCCCUGUCCGGUGAUGAUGUUGUCAAUGCCAAGUUCUGCCUACUCUUCAUAGCCCAUCACCCAACAGAGGAUAAACAGCAAGGAAACUAGGAGGUGCACCAACUUCAACAAGAUUCUGCUGUAGUACCAGAUUCUCAGGCUUGAAAACAUCAUUUUUUUACUAGAUAGAGCUGGGUGGAAGGCAAGACUGAGGACUCUGAAUAUUGUGUAAAAUAGGUUUGCAAAAGAGAUAAGCAUGACUAAAAGGAACAAAUGGAUACUGCUUGAGUAUUAUUCAGUUUGAAAGAGGUAGUUCUCAUUUUUAUAAGAAAAAAUUAAUAAAACAUAUAUUUUAGUUAUUAUUUAACAAAGAAAUAUUAAAGGUAUUCAGGCAAUGCCACUGACUCUCAGAAAGGGAAGUCACUGAACCUUUGUAAUGAGGAAAUGGUCAUUUUGACACAUUUUAAUACAUUGUAUAAAUUUGGAGCUUAAGGUAUGUUUUUAUUUAGCUGUAUUUGGUUAAUGUUAAAUUAUCAUGUUUUAACAUCAAUAUAAAUAUUUUCAUGGAAUUACAGAACAAUUAACAAAUGAGCAGAUACCUUACAUUUGUGUUUUCUAGAAGUCCUUGUAUUUUUGUGCUUCAUUUGCAUAAAGAUAAAUGCUAAUAAAUGUAUGCCAGGCCCUUUGUCACAGUGGAGGGGCAAUCCAUCACACCCAAGACAUCUAAGGACCGAUUACAUGUCCCAGUGUUCCUGCAUACAAGUGUCCAGUCCAAUGGCCACAUUUUUUCAGUAAAAUCUAGUUGUUGAAAUGUAAAUCUUCCCCUAAAGUUUUAAUCAAAAGUAACUAUGCCUAAGACUUAGAGAGGGGAGGGGAAAAAUAAGCACCCAACCGGCGUGGUUCAGUGGUUGAGCAUCGAUCCAUGAACCAAGAGGAAUCAGUUUGAUUCCUGGUCAGGGCACAUGCCCAGGUUGGGGGCUUGAUCCCCAGUUGGGGGCGUGCAGGAGGCAGCUGAUUGAUGUUUCUCUCUCAUCAGUGUUUCUGUCUCUCUGUCCCUCUCCCUUCCUCUCUCUCUAAAAUCAAUAAAAACAUGUUAUAAAAAACAAAAGACUUAGAACACUUGUGGUUCUCUAAAGUUUCCCUGAACCUAUAUAUAGGGAAUGGGAAAAGUGACAACUUGUCUUAAUGCUCUUUAUUAUUAAUGAUCAUAUUAAUCACUACUCUUAUGUCCAAAAUCAUAUUAAAGAUAUAAUAGUUGCUCUACAUGAAGUUCAGUCUCUAAUAUGAUAAACAAAUUAGAUAUUAAAAAUUAAGGGGGGGGGUCUGUUGUUACCAUUCAUCAGUGAUCCUGGUGAAUUUUAGUUCUUUCUUUCAGUUAGGUUGGUGACUGGAGUUUUCUAAACUCUUUUUUUUUUUUUUUACUUUGAAGGCAAGUACCUGUACCAAACUUUUUCACUGGGCAUUUAUCUUUUAAUUCUGAUACCACUUGAAAUUGAAAUAGAACAUCCGUGGGGAGAUAAUGAGUUCAAAUUACAAUUGACUUUGGAAAGAAUAACAGACUUUCCGUGCUUCAUGUAGUCAAUAGGAAAUUUUCUGUGAAUUACCACUAUUUUGUAAGACAAUGCUAAGGUCUAAAUACAAACCCAGCACCUCGGGGCUCCAAGCCUGUCCCUGAAGAACUUGCCUACAGAUGAAUCUCACCAAUUUGCAAAUGCCGUUUUCAACCAGGACAAAUCAAACAGGUCUGAUAGCAAAGUAUUUUACUCAGCUGGGUCUGUAGGACUCCAAGACAUUGUAAUGUUUUGUUUACAUUAUUUUAAACAUCUAUAGAUGUUUGUGGAUAUGUGAAUAAUACCUGAAUUUCUCAACUUCUAGCUAGCAUGUGUUUAGCCUACAGACUCAGCCUGUUAGACCAGCUUUAGAAAGCAUUGCAGAGUGAAAAUUAAUACUCUAGGAUUCAGGAGGCCAGCAUAAGGCAAGAUCUCCCCAAUCUUGGGAUGGUCCUACCCAUCUCUACCCUCUCUCCAUCAAAGACUCAAUGAGGAAGGGCUGUGACUGUCUUGUGGACUGCUGUAUCCCUGGCGUCUGAUAUAAGGUCUGGCACAAUGUAGGCAAUCAAUAUUCAUUGAAUGAAUGAAUGACAGAACAGGUGGAUACACAAAUAAAUUUUCCUUCUGGUCACUUGAAAAUUUUUACCAACUUAUACUAAUUGGCACUAUAAUUUAUGAAUUUCAUAGUGAGAAUUAGAAUGGACUCUUCAUAAAUAUUUUCUAGAUACGAGUUUGGAAUCAAUUAUUUUGAAGGCUUUAAGUAUUUGAGGAAUGAUUUGGGGAUUCAGAGUUUCCAUAAUGAGUAAAAUUCAACCUUUCUAGUUCUUUAUGAAAGGACCUUGGCAAGGAUAAUCUAAACAUGGGAUUCCAUUAAUAAAUUUUAUAAAAAAUAUGUAUUUAUUUUUUAAAAUAAGAAAAGUCACAUCCUCAAGCAUAUUAUUAAUAUCCCCUUUGAUAUUUAUUAACUUUUUUUCUAAGGAGUUCAUAGUAAGUGGAAUUACCAUCCCUAAAUCUUGCCUUGCUUUCACAAGAUCACUCUCAUAUUUGAUUCCUAGAAUGUACCUGAAUUUAAGCUUAAUCACACAGCUAUUAAGACUUUUUCAUGUGUUUAUUCAUUUACCAAAUGUUCAUUGUGUAACUAAUAUGUGGUAGAUUCUGGAAAUACAAUGGCAAACAAGACAGACACAGUGCCCUCAUGGAGCUUACUGUGAGGAACUACUCAACACUUACACUAGCAAUAACUAGAAUUUCCUGUUCAUCAGGUUCCUUGAUAAAGAAACUAAAAUCCCUAACCCCAUGCAAAUCAUGAAGACUUCGUGCACAUAUUCCUGAGCUGGGUUUUCUAAACACACCACUCAAAAAUGCUGCUUAGCCUAUCCAUACACCAUAGUUAUAUCCCAAUGAGGUACGUAAGUGUGAUUUACUCAGAACUAACAUUUAGCUCUCGCUGGGUUCUACUGUGCUCAGUACUUUCAUAGACUCUCUCCAUGAAUCCCUUCAACAAUUCUACUAUGUAGUUUCCAUGUUAUAGACAAGAAAACUGAAGCACAGAAUGUCACUUGUUCAAGGUCGCACAUUUAGCAGAUGGAAUUAGGAUUUGAACCCAUGCACUGUAACACAGCAGCUCAUGUGUCUAAUCAUCAUCUGUGGCUUGGGGGACACCAUUACAUUAACAUAAAUGAGUCACUGUAUAUAAAAUACUCUGAAAUUGUAAAGUAGUAUACAAAAAGAUAUUUGUAAAGUAUUCAUAGUCAACAAACCAUGUAAGUGGCAGAAGCAAAACACAAUCUUAUGUUGUAGCUUCCUCUCAUGAACACUUCAAGCCAGAGUAGUGGAUAAAAGUAUAGGUCCAGGAAACUUCUGACAUGUGAUAAAUAUUCUAAUGAUUUUUCAGAAUUACUGAUUGUUAGCCACUGUGUCUAUUUGGUGCUACAAAAAAAAACCCUGAAAGAAACAAAAUCCCUUGCUAUAAGGGCUUAUAAUAAAUGCACAGUGUGGAGAUGAACCAAGGAUAGUUCACAUUUAUAGGAAAAGAUGGGCAGUAGUACUAUUUUCUCACCAUUGCAUGUGAUUGUGUCUUUCCAAUUGUUUUUAUUAUUUUUCUGAAAGAGCUGCAAAAUUGUGCAGUGGUUCAACCUGACCAAAGUGGUAUUAUGCUGCUGGGAAGUAAAAAUAUUAAACACUA